UUUAUACAGUGUUCUCGAAAUCCAACACACAAUUUGAAUAUCAAUCAUGACCAAGAGAAGAUAACUUGUUUUGUUUACGAUUUGAAAAAUCUGAAAGUAUGAUAUUAAGAGGGGUUUUCUGUUUCUCCUCCCUCACUGUUCUUUUGUUUCUUAUUGUUUUAGUAGAGGUUAAGUUCACAAACUUGGACAAGUCAAAAUUGCAAGCUGGAAAGACUGAAUUUGAAUUAAUGCAAAGAAAAAGUGAAUUUCCAAACUAUGGAUAUUGUUGGAAAGAAACAAUAACUGCACUCACUAACGAUUGCAAGCAGUUGACAGCUGAAGUCCAAGGAAAACUCGCUCUUGCAUAUUUGAACUGCUUUUUACAAAUGCAAGAUCUACCAAUAUAUGAAUGUUAUGUUACUCAGAAAUUAUCAGAAUGUACACAGAAUAUGAAGGAUUCUGAUCGAAGCUCAAUGGCAACGUUCUUUACACAUACACAGAAUAUUUGCUAUUUUUUAGAAGCCCAGGUUUGGCAUGAUGAGACCGAGCGAACCAUUAAAAGACUUGCAACAAGCUCGGAAGAUGUCGCUACACAACUCGAAGAAACAAGUGAACUUCAAAAUGAAAUGCUUCACCAGCAAAAGGAAUCAAUGACUAACCAGCAAGAGAUUCUGGAAAAAUCAGUCAAUUUGAGUAACAUUAUAUCAACAUCUUCUGAUAAUAUGCAUAAAAUAUUUGAUGAAUAUAAAAAUGCAACAAAUGAACAGCGUCUCCUUAUUGGGGAUUUAUUUGAUAAAUUUUCUCACCUUCAGUCAAUGAUGUUAGGAGAAUUCACUGGUUUAUAUUCAAUUCUAUACUAUGCUGUUAUGGUGCUUAUGUCAUAUUUUCUGACAUCAACGCCUCGUACUGCUGCAGCAAGGUUUUGGUUAUUUGGGGUAGCAACAGUCAACAUCUUGUUAGAGAGAUUUGCCAUAUCUUGGCUGAUAUCAGAAGAAAAUCAACUAGCAGGAAGUGGAAGUGAUAUCGAUGAGGCAGUUUAUAUGUACCAGAAGCUUUGCAGGAAGAUAUCCGGUGCAGUGGCUUUACUUAUAUUGGGAAUUUCAGCUUACUGCUACCAAGAUUUAAAUGUCAUCAAUAACCAACUCUUAUGGGAUAUCAAGAGAAAAAUUGAAAACUUGGAAAUCAAAAACACUGGACUAGGCAAUCAGAACAAAGAAAUUGUGAGUGCUUUGAAUGCAGAUAGCAGAAGUGACACUAUCUCAUGUACAUUACAAGGAUAUAACAGUAAUACAGAUAGACCCAGUACAUUAACAGCAGCUGCUGAUACAACAGGUUAUGAAAGUGACAGUGGUUGUAGUGAGAGUAGUAUAUCUACAGAGAGUUUGUCUGGGAAUACUGAUAACACAUAUGUACCCUCGUCUUUGUCUACCGUGGAGAGCUAUUCUACAUGUUAUUCCUGGGAAUCCAGUCAGAUGACACUUACUGAUGAGCUAAGGGAUAUACGUGGUGCUACACCUCUUAAGGAGCUGGCAGAACAAAUUGAUGCUUGGGCAAAAACUGGAAAAUACAGACAACCUUCACCAAUCCGUAGUAUGGAGUCAAGAUUUGCAGACCUGACUGGAAGUAGAGUUACCAGAUCUAUAACACCACAACCAAGUACUAGUAAAAAUAGUUACAGCCAGAAAUAUUUUCUUAGACAGAGAAGUCCCAAAACAUUGCCAUACAAUCAGACAGAAUAUUUUGAAUCGCCUGGAAGUUUUGCCAAAACUGUAAAAUCCUUGGAGAAGAUCACAAGAAAAAACAGUUUACUGACUAGAAAUAACAUCAAAGAACAGAAAAGAUCCCCACUGUGUGAUAAAUGAUUGUAUGUUUAAACAUGCAGUGAUGUUAAUUUGAUACUUAUGAAUUGCUUCCAAAAAAUGUGAUAUAAUGAUGAAUUGGUAUAUUGUCUGUCAUUCUCUGCAUAAAAUUUAAUCCCUUUUACAUUAUUGUGAAAGUUUUUUUAAAGAAAUUAAAGGGGGUUAAAAGUUUAUCCCUGGGUAAAAUGAGAAUUUGUUGAAGAAUUAUAUAUGUUUGUUUUACCCAAACAUCUUGGUGGUAUACUUCUGAGUAAAACUUUUUUGAUAUAUUUAUGACAUGUACAGACGUUGUAGGUUUUAAAUUUGCAAAGAUUUUUUUUUGUCUGACAAAGCAGAAGUCUUUAUUUGUAAAUUAAUACAACUUGUAAUUGUUGCUUCAUGACGUUGAUGAUAAGUGAUGAUUACCGUAACAUGUCUUCCAUAUUUCAUAAUUGGUGCUUAGUGUGAUAAGCAUAUGCAACCUUCCAAUAUAACUUUUAUUUCAUUGAAAAAAGGAAUAACCAGUAGUCUAUAUAUUUCAAUUAACAUGGUAUAAAAUCAAAUUUGAAAAAAAACCAAUCUAUAAUCUUCAUGAUCAAAUUAAAUAUUAACAUUAGGGAGCACACUGUUUAAAUCAUCAUGGUAUUUAUUCAAGAUUACCAGUAUACAACAUUGUAGUUAAAAUGAAAAUAUGUAAAUAUUUAUGCAUUGUUUUGUGAGAAUUUAUAAUUUUCAGCUUCAAAUGGGUAAAAUGUUCAUAGCACACAAACAAGCAUCUUUGAGUAGUAAAAAGGUUAACAAUUUAAAGGAACCAAUAGUAUGAAAAUUAUUUUCAUUUUGAAUAAAUAACGAACAAUGAAAUUACCUACAUUUAUAUAAGCUUUUAGAUUAUGAAACUGCUCUUUUUUUUCUUUUUUUUUCAAUUGCAUAUUUAAAGUAAUACUUUGAAUUGUGUAACACUUUUGCCCACCUAGUGUGAACUGAACAUAUCCAUUAGUGUGGUGGAUACUUAAUUCAUCUCCAUUUUUGUCGAGCCUUGACUUUAGUCGAAAAAGCGAGACAUAGCGAUCCUACAUUCUGGCGGCAGCGCCGUCCACAAAUGUUCACUCUGUGGUUAAAGUUUUUGAAAAUUUAAUAACUUUCUUGAAAUAUCCUGGAUGUCUACCAAACUUGGGCAGAAGCUUUUUAUGUUCAUAAGAUAGUAUCCAGGAGUAAAUUUUGUGAAAAAUAAAAUUCCAUUUUUUCCGUAUUUUACUUAUAAAUGGACUUCCUUUUUCUGCCAGGAAACAUUACAUUUACUCUAUGGUUAAAGUUUUUAAAAUUUUAAUAACUUUCUUAAACUAUCCUGGAAUUGUACGAAACUUAGCUCAGAAGCUUGUAUAUGAUCAGAAGAUAGUAUCCAGAAGUAAAUUUUUAAAAAUAAAAUUCCAUUUUUCCCACAUUUUCUUAUAAAUGGACUUAUUUUUUCUCCCAGUUAACAUUACAUACAGUCUGCAGUUAAA